AUGACCCAAGGAGCUGAAAGCGAAAUUGCCGAAGUUGAUGGUUGCUCUGACAUCAAAAGUCGUCAGGUUACAGAAGUAGGGCUUCUGUCAGCUCUACCUGGGCGUGCUGACGAGACCACUGCCCUAAGGCCAACCAAUCGUCGUGGCAGAUCCAUUUUAAAGAAUCGGACAGAAGUCUUCAAUGUCCAAACGAAUCUUGAAAAUGGCGAAGAAACCUUAGAAAUCUGUGAAGGCCUCGAUACUACUUCAAUGUCAAACAUUCGCAUGUCAACGUUGAUCCAUCCGCUAGCGCCCCAGAGUGGAGACCGGACCAGAGAGCUUCCUACUGGCAAUGAAAACUGCGUGAAACCAACAAAGAUAGUGUCAGAUUCUCUUUACUCAAAUUCAUCCGACCCAAUCCGAGAAAUCCAGACGUCGCAACGCAAACUGGAACAGUCUAGCAAAAGGCUUUCUAACUUCUCGAUUCCUUAUUUUCCCUCUGCGAAUUCCCUUUGCGUACGUGAAACAGAGAUAUGA